AAUCAGAGGUUGCGCGCUAGCAAGUUAUUAUGCGCCUAUCUCCGGCCCGUCACGGGUCACGGCGCUGAUGCCACUCUGAGCAUGGAGGCCUUCAUCCCCAUCACUUAAUGCUGUCUCCUGUUAGUGGACAGAAUGGGCAGCUUUGGGGUGAAAGCGAUUUUAUUCAUGGCCUUGCUGACCGUUACAAGAGUGAGCGCGAACGCUGAAGUUCAAAGAGAUGGUAGUCCUUCAAAACAUCUGUCUGCGGAAGAGAGUGAUAUAAUUUCCAAUUCAGCCAGUGAUGUUGAAGUUGAAAGAAUGGAUGAGCAAACUAAAAGAAAAAUACAGUUUCCAACAGCAGAAAUUGCUGAUGCUGUUCUGGGAACUGGAAUUCCUUCUAAUCAAGAAGCAAUAUUGUCUCUUAUUCAGAAUAUUAAAAAUGAACACACUGCCUUUGAAGACAAAGAUACUCCCUGUACAGAUGUGAGUGGAGAUAAUGGAGAAUGCAGUGUUGCAGAGGAGAUAUUUCCUUCCCUUACAUAUAUCCCAUCUGGUAGUCAGGAGGGAGAGCUGCUUGGAGAGAGAGAAACUGGCAUUCUGGAACCAGUGCAAGUUGAGAACCCAGCAGCAGCAGAAGAAGCAAAUGCUACUGAAACAGCCAGAGCACCAAAAGUAAACUGUGAUGAAAGAAAUAUGACUGGAUUAGAGAACUUCAUUGUCCAAAUUCUUAACAACACACAAGACCUAAUGGAAUUCCUGAAUGCCAAUGGCACUGAUUGCUCUGUAGUCCUUUUCUACACACCAUGGUGUCGGUUCUCUGCAGACCUUGGUCCACAUUUCAAUGCACUUCCACGUGCUUUCCCCUCGCUGCAGUUUCUGGCACUGGAUGCAUCUCAGCAUAGCAGCCUUUCUACUAGGUUUGGUACUGUAGCUGUUCCCAACAUCCUCUUGUUCCAAGGUGUCAAGCCAAUGGCCAGGUUUAACCAUACCGACAGAACACUCCCAACAUUGAGAGCUUUCAUCUUUAAUCAAACUGGCAUAGAAGCAUAUGGCACCAUUGAAGUGACGGAACAAGAUCUAAGCGGUCCACUUCCCAGUGUUGCAGUGAGAGGCAUUGACUGGCUGCUUGUCUUCUCUGUGUUGUUUGUCUGUGUUUUUUUAGUUUAUGGUACAGUACAGUCAGAUAGUAUCAAGUGGUUGAUCACAGGACAAGAGCAUGAACACCAGGACUGAACUCAUACAGACGUUGGUCACAACCUACCACAAAGAGAAGCUGCACCAGACACCUUGGGCAGCAGUGGAAGAUGCUCAUAAAUGAGUCAGCUUUUUUAUCACCAAAUUGCUCUGUUUGUUCUGCAGCAUUUAAAUUAUGGAUAUAAAUAUUCAGUAAUUAAGGCUGAUUUGUUAGUUAUGAAUAAAUACGAAGUAUUUUCCAAACUA